AAUAAUCAAUCUUCAAAAUUACCCAAAUACAUUCUGCAAAAUUCCAUCUCUUAUCUCUCAUUCAAGUCUGUAUAGAUAUAUAGGGGCGUUGAAUUCUCAAUUUCACGGAUUGUUUAACGAAUUGGCUGCACGAGGAGUGUUUUUGAUGAUUAUCAAACCUCAGCCGACGGAAUGAACCGGAAAUUCUCCACGGCGAAUAGCUCAAACGACGGCGUUUCCGAUUCCUCGUCGCGCGAUUUUAGGUUUUCGGGGCUGGAGUCCAGUCGCCGCCAUUGGUCUGAUCCAUGUAGCCUGAAUUCGUCUCAAGGGUCGAGGCGAUUCUCGCUAUUGAAGGAUCGGGAUGGGGGUUUUAGGAAUUCGAAGACAGUGAAGGUGAUUGAUGUCGAUUCGGAGCCUUAUGCUUCGUGCUCGACACAAGGUACGCAGGGAAUUGAGGUUUUUGAAUUUUCCGAUGAGGUUUUCCAGAAACCGAAGAAGCUGAAGAAAGCCGAUUUUGAUCCUUUCGAGUAUAAUUCCUCGGAGGAGUUCGAGGGAAUUGUGGCUCCGCCGCCGCGGAGGAAGGGUGGGGAGAGUGAGGUUUUUGAUUUUUCGGAAGAUGUUGGUUCCCAGAAAUCGAAGAAGCUCAAGAUAGCAAAUUUUAAUCCUUUCGAUUAUAAUUCAUCUGAGGAGUUGGAGGAAAUUGUGGCUCUGCCGCAGAGAAAACGUAGGGAGAUUGAGGCUUUUGAUUUUUCAGAAGAUGUGGAUUUCCAGAAAUCAAAGAAGCUCGAGAAAGCUGAUUUUGAUCCUUUCGAUUAUAAUUCAUCUGAGGAGUUGGAGGAAAUUGUGGCUCUGCCGCAGAGAAAAGCUAGAGAGAUUGAGGCUUUUGAUUUUUCAGAAGAGGUGGAUUUCCAGAAAUCAAAGAAGCUCGAGAAAGCUGAUUACGAUCCUUAUGAGUAUAAUUCAUCAGAGGAGCUGGAGGGAAUCGUGGCUAUGCCGCAGAGAGAGGGCACAGACAUUGGGGUUUUUGAUUUUUCUGAAGAUGUGGAUUUAUUGAAAGGUAAUAAGUGCACGACUGUUGGUUCUGAUGCAUUUAGGCGAAGUUCAUCACGGGAUUUGGGGAUUCCACAGUCGAGAAAACGAGGAUGGAAUGGGCUGAGCCGCGUGAGUCUUGCUGCAGUUUCUAUGAAAUCACAGAAGGACCGGGGAAAAAAUUGGGGUUUAGAGAAGAAAAAGAAGAAAAAGAAGGAACCAUGUGAGUUGGACCCAUGUUUUAUAGAGCUUACUGAUACAUCCAUGGAGAUUCAAGAGUUCGCAGAGACAACUGAGCAUAAUGAGGUGAACUCUGUAUUACAUGGGUUAAGGAAGGGACAAGUAGUAAAGAUUCGGAGGGAAAGUCUUCUAUCAUUGUUAUCAAUCUGCGGAACAUUGCAAAAGAGGCGGCUUUUGUGGGCUCAUGGGAUGGCCAGAAAAAUAAUUGAUGCUAUUCUUGGAAUCAGUGUUGAUGAUACACCAAGCAACCUUGCUGCUGCUGCUCUAUUUUACCUUUUGACUAGUGAUGGUCAAGAUGAACAUCUUUUGUAUUCACCAAGUAGCGUUCGCUUUUUGAUAAAAUUGUUGAAACCACUUUCACCUGCUGCUUCCAAGGAAAAGUCGCAGCCUAUUGGGAGCAAGCUCCUAGGCCUGUGCAAGAAUGCUGGUUACUCACAAAUUUCAACCAAGGAAACAGAUUCCACCUCUACGGAGAUUAUGCUCAUGGUUCGGGAUAUCCUUGUUGAUCGCAAGGAAAUCCAGCCAGUAGCUAAUAUUGAUGAAGAAAAGCAAGAGCCUGAGCUGAACCCUAAAUGGAUUAGUUUGCUUACAAUUGAAAAAGCCUGCUCGUCCAGUAUUACUAUUGAAGGUUUUGAAGACACUUCUAGAACUUUACAGAGACAUAGGAGCAACUUCAAGAAGAAACUCAGAGAGCUUGGGGGGCUUGAUGCAGUGUUUGAAGUGGCAAGGAAAUGCCACUCUGUGAUGGAGGAAUGGUUAGAAAGAAGUCCAUCUUUUGCCCUGGAACCUAAAAAUAUUUCUGGGCUAGAAAGUUUAGUACUUCUUGUGAAAUGUCUAAAAAUCAUGGAAAAUGCUACAUUCCUCAGCAAUGAUAAUCAGUGCCAUUUGCUUGGGAUGAAAGGAAGCUUUGGUGGCCAACAAGCUCCACGGUCUUUCACAAAGCUCAUUCUGAGUGUCAUUAAAAUUCUCUCAGGUGUCUCCCUGCUCCGAAGUUUUAUUUCUUAUGGAAGCAAUCACUCAGGAGGCCAUAGUACCAUGGAACGGGCUUCUUAUGAAAGCUUUGAUCAGUGUGAUCCACACAUGAUAUCUGGUGAGCCAAGGUCUACUUACUCGAGUGUGGAAUCCACUCAGACGUCCUCACAAAAAUGGAGAGUUGAAUCUUCUCAAGCAGGAUCACGUAAUGGAACAUCUCGUAGUUUAAAGUAUGCAACACAUGUAAGCAGAGAUGAUUUGGGAGUGGAAUCUGGUACUCGAAACAGAAAGACAAGAUUUUCUAACUCUGGAAUUACAGAGGAUAGUCCAGAUCCUUUUGCAUUUCAUAAUGAUGAUUCUGAACCCUCAAGGUGGGAAUCACGAUCUGGAAGUAUGAAUAAAUCUUUGUCUCGAGAUGGUAGGGCAACUUUGAUUGGAUCUACAGAUACAAGUGAUUUUGUAUCAGUAACCCAACAAGAAUCAAACAAUGUGGAAUAUCGUCAUUCCCAGGAGACCUCUUGUUCUCCGAUUGGUGAUGAAGAUAAGUCCAACCUCUUGGCAGAAUGUCUUCUCACUGCUAUUAAGGUUCUAAUGAACUUAUCCAAUGACAACCCUGAGGGCUGUCGGCAAAUUGCACGCUGUGGGGGUUUAGAAAUAUUGGCUUCUCUGAUUGCUGGUCAUUUUCCAGCAUUCAGCCUUCCUUUGCCACGCUCAAGUCAUGCAAGGAAUGGCAGUUUUCCAUCUAAAUCAAACCUCACAAUCUACCAUUGCACCAAUACACCUCUCACCGAUCAAGAGCUAGAUUUUCUUAUCGCCAUUUUGGGGUUGCUUGUGAAUUUGGUGGAGAAGGAUGGUGGUAACAGAUCUCAGCUUGCCGCAGCUAGUGUUUCACUACCUAGCCUUGUAGGUCUGGACUUGAAGAAACAAAGUAAUAUAAUUCCGAUUCUGUGCUCAAUCUUUUUGGCUAAUCAAGGCACUGAGGAGGCUGCCGGAGAGGAAAAAUGUUUGUCCUGGGAGGAUGAAGAAUCCAUAUUACAAGGAGAGAAGGAAGCUGAGAAAAUGAUUGUAGAAGCUUACGCAGCUCUUCUUCUGGCUUUUCUUUCGAUGGAAAGCAAGAAAGUACGGAAUACCAUUGCAGAACGCCUUUCCAGUGGCAACUUGAAAGUUCUUGUUCCAGUGUUGGAGAGAUUUGUGGAAUUCCAUCUGACGCUUAAUGUGAUCUCGCCAGAGACACAUUCUACUAUUCUAAAAGUAAUAGAAUCAUGUAAGAUGCCGUGAAUGAGCAAAUUAUACGCACAUGAAGAACCAAGAGCAGCAAUCAUAUGGAUCAUUCACCACAGGUAUGAUUAUCGAGCUGAGCACUCCCAAGUUCGAGCGUGAUAGUAAUACCCAAGUAACUUUAACUUGCUCUUCAGUUUGUAAAAAAGUUUUGGUCCUUUUUUGUUGUUGAAACGAAUUGAUAAUCGAUAUUGAAUCAUAGUUUGUAGUGUAAAUUGUUGUGUUUUUCUUCGUUAUAAACCACAAUGUAAGACCGUCUUACUGGGUUAGAAGUUGUAAGGCAGGUCAAUAUUUAGAUCCAAAUACAUAUUUAGUGGCAUAUUUGUAAUUCCUUA